AUGGCCAAGAAAUUAGACUUUAAAGUGACCAAUAACAUGAUAGAGUACGAAGCAUGUUUAUUUGGAUUAGAAGCGGUCGUGGUAGCAGGAGCUAAGCACUUGUUGGUCUAUGGGGACUACAUACUAGUGAUCCAACAAGCCCUCAAGGAAUGGGAAGUGAAAAAAGAGAGGUUGAAGCCAUAUGUCAACUAUCUCAAGACUUUAGUGUGCAAGUUCUCCAAGUGUUCUUUUGUACACUUGCCUCGAGACGAGAAUCAAAUGGUGGAUGCAUUAGCUACUCUAUCAUCUAUAUGGAUCAAUCCCUCGCAACUUUCAAUGAGAUCUUUGGUGAUUGUAAAAUUAGGUGCACCUUGUUAUCAAGGGGGUUGGAUAAUGCAAGUUCAGAUGGGAUCAGAAGAGAAGCCAUGGUUCUAUGAUAUGAAGAGGUUUAUAGAAAAGAAGAAAUAUAUAAAGGAAGUGAUUACCAGGGAAAGAUACGCACUACAAAAUCAAGCUAGGAAUUAG